AUGUCAUUCUUUCACCAACAGACAGGAGAACUACGGACAUGGGCCCGACGAACCCUCUGGUUCAUCUUCGUCACCGGCGCCCUCUGCUCCAUUGUCCUCCCAAUCUUCAUGAUAUACCGACGCGAGGGCGACAAUGCCCGGUCAGUCGUCGAGGUGGAACCCCAGGGGGUCUCCCACACAGGCGACUUUAUCCAUGUCCUUGGCUCUGUAGCCAGUGUCGACUUUGAGAACAAGAACUUUCGAGUCCAUUUCGAGUUUACGGCCCAUGGGACCCUUGCAGGCGACGAUGGUGUCCUGGCGGCUGCGGUCUCUAUCUCGGUGUUUUAUACCACACUUGCCUUUCCUGCUGGCCAAAUCAUGCGGUCGGUGGAUGUAACAAUGCCAUACAUGCAAGGAGCGACCAUCGACUACCCUUUCGACGCCUACAAGUCUUACUUUGAAAUCCUCGCCAACAAAGACCGCGAACAAAUGCACAAAAUCCCCGUCUCCUUAACCUUCCUCGGAAAACUCCAAUCUGUCGAAUUCAUCCCAACCGUCCAACUCAACCACGACGACCUCUACAAAAUCUCGAUCGUCAUCUUUACCCGCCGGUCGCCGACCACGAUAGGGUUCAGUUUGUUUAUUGUGCUGAUCAUGUGGAUGUUGAGUAUUGCAAUCGGGAUUAUCGCGAUUCAGGUUAUUAGAAAGUACAGGGUCUCGGAUGAGCAUGUUUUGACGCUUGGGAUUACCACGCUUUUCGCUUUACCGGCUUUGAGGGAGACGCAGCCGGGGAUUCCGGCCAUCGGGUGUGCUGCCGACGUCUUGGGCUUCUACUGGAACAUGGCAAUAAUCGCCAUCUCAUCAAUCAUGAUCCUCAUGGCCUCUGCUCUCCGCUGGAAACAACCCUCCAUCAAGCGAGAACUGGAACUGGUCCAAAAGCAGCACGAUUACCAAUCAAAACUCAUCCGGGAGAUGGCCAUCCCCAUGCCGCUUCCGCUUACGGGUGGACCACUCUUUGAUUACCAGGUCAAGAAGAAGCGGUUUCAACCACAUCCUCCUACAACUUGUUAUCCGCCCUUUUCUGCGACUGCGGCCGCUGGUGCUGCAGCGGUGUUUGGCGGCAGUGGCGGUGGCGGUGGCGGUGGCGGUGGUGGGGACAUUUAUGAUUAUAACCAUGUCAGGCCGGUCAGCUCUGCGUCGCACCGGGAUAGACUGUCGUUCGAGGAGACGCAGAGCUAUGGGAACUGA